AUGAUUUAUCCACCCUCGACGUCGGAACGCCACGAUGAGGAGUCCAACCUGAUCAAUUCCUCCUCCUCCCUGGCCGCUGCCGAUGUUGAAGACGCCUCUGUGGAGAAGCAAGACUAUGAGUAUGACUACAAAGAAAAACCCCUCGAAGAAGUCAAUGAGGAGUCUCCAAGUCGCAACAAUCGAUUCCUCCUAUGGACCGCCUUGAAUAUCGUCUCUACGGUUGGAAUUGUCUUCACCAAUAAAUCCAUCAUGUCCGACAUUUCCUUUCGCAACCGCCAAAUCUCCCUCGCCGCAUACCACUUCUCGAUCACCGGCGCUACACUCUGGAUCGCAUCGCGACGCUGCUUCGGCGUCUUUGUGCCUAAAGGUAUCAGCGUCAUCCAGAUCAUCCCCAUCGCAGCGGCCAUGUGCAUUCAAGUCGUCCUUCAGAACCUGUCGCUCGCCUAUUCCUCAGUCAUGUUCCAUCAGCUCGCCCGACUACUGUUAACUCCGACCGUCGCGCUGCUCAACUACAUGUGCUACCGCGCCAAAAUCCCCCGGGCGGCUAUGUUGCCCCUCGCGCUUCUCUGCGUGGGAGUCGGGGUUGUGACCUACUACGAUUCGCUCCCCACUGCAGACAACGGGAGUACCACCUCCGCGUGGGGGGUUGUCUUUGCCCUGGCCGGGGUUUGUGCGAGUUCAAUUUACGCUGUAUGGAUCGGGGUUUACCAUAAGCGCUACGAGCUCAGCAGCAUGCAAUUGCUGCUCAACCAGGCGCCCAUCAGUGCUUGUCUGCUACUGUGUGCGAUUCCGUGGACGGAGACAUCCCCGGUGGUGUCGACGAUAUCGCCGUCUAUGUGGAGUUUGAUUUUGCUAAGCGGUGUCUUUGCAUGCAUCGUCAAUCUCUCCCAAUUUUACAUCGUCGAUGCGGCUGGUGCCGUCAGCGGAGCCGUGGUCGGCCAGCUCAAGACAUGCAUUAUUGUCGGCCUAGGGUGGGCGUCGAGCAAUCACGUCGUGCCACGUCCCAGCGUGGUAGGGAUUGUGAUGGCGUUGAUUGGAAUGGGCAUGUGA